AUGCUGCGCCUCUGCAACUGCCAACAUCCUUGCCUUGAGGCAUUUCACGACCAGUGUCGCUGCUCGCAGAUGGUCUGCAAAACCUCUCCCAAUACCGUGGCCAUUGACGAGAGCAAUUUUUGGGACGAGAAUGGCGUCCACUGGAACGCUCACAGGAUUGGAUGGGCAGUAGCGGGAGGUUGCGCAGCGAUGACCAUGAUUAUUUCGUCCACAACGAUACUUCAACACUGCCGAAACUAUACGAAUCGGCCACAGCAACGGCAAAUCCUACGGAUCUUAUACAUGCCACCGAUCUACGCCAUAAUAUCAUUUCUGUCAUACCGCUUUUUCCGACACUACAUCUACUACUCGUUCAUCGAAAUUGCUUACGAGGCCGUCACUCUAAGUGCCUUCUUACUUCUAAUUAUUGAAUAUGUCGGCGCAACUGCGACCGGACACUCGACUGACAAGGCGCUGGAACGCAAAGACAAGAUGCCGCUUCCUAUACCCUUCUGCUGUUGGAGAUAUCGUCCAACAAAGGCUUAUUUCAUGUAUACCCUCAAAUGGUCUGUUCUGCAAUACGUUAUAAUCCGACCUGCUGCCUCGAUAGCUGGCAUCAUCUGCGAAAAGUUCGAGGUUCUGUGCCAUUCGGACGGAUACUCAUGGCGCUACGCGGCUGUGUACAUCGAGGUCAUCAACUUCGUGAGCAUCAGCAUCGCACUGUAUGGACUGUUCGUCUUCUACGGCCUUAUGAAGGAAGAGCUCGAAGGCCGGCGACCCAUGGCCAAGUUUCUGGCUAUCAAGCUGAUCGUUAUGUUCACCUUCUAUCAGUCCUUCGUGUUCGGAGCCCUUGAAGGCCGAGUGAUCCAUGCCACCGAGUUUUGGACGACAACAAACAUAGCGAAUGGACUGAACGCAUUGGCCAUCUGCAUCGAGAUGGUCUUCUUUGCGGCCCUGAUGUGGUGGGCCUACACUGCCAAUGAAUACAAGAGACCACAAGGAACCCCACCAACCAGCAUCUGGAGGCCUCUUUGGGACUCGAUCAACUACACCGAUUUCGCAUUGGAGAUAGCCACCUCCUUCAGGUUCUUUUUUGACUAUGUGCGCGGAAAGCCAUCCGCACACGGGCAUGGACACCGUGUCCCCAACGACCUCAGCGGGCACACGAAGAUGGAUUUCGGAGAAGCGUUCGGCCUGACGUCGGCACGACAGCUACCUGUGCACCCAACUUCAGUGGAAUAUACCACCCUUCCGCGGGGGCAUGACGAGGGCGAGAAUAUCGUCCUUACUCCGUACCCUUUUGCCUCGAGGGUGGAGCGGUGA